UGAUUUUAACUGAAAAUGUUUAGUGUACGAAGUGUAAGGACUCUGAGGCAGUGCCUCCGGGCCACUCACAGGCUCUGUCACAGCGAGGUGCGCGUACGCUUUGCUCCAAGCCCCACGGGCUACCUGCAUUUAGGUGGUCUACGAACUGCUCUAUAUAAUUAUUUAUUUGCUCGGCAUUCCGGCGGCAAAUUCCUGCUCCGCAUCGAGGAUACAGAUCAAACGCGGCUGGUGCCGGGCGCCACAGAGCGCCUCAUUGAAGAUCUGCUGUGGGCAGGCAUUGAAAUAGACGAGGGACCGGGAUUUGGAGGAGCACAUGGACCUUACAUUCAGAGCCAGCGCAGGGAGCUGUAUAGCCAAGCUGUGGAGCGCCUACUAGAGAAUGGCAGCGCCUAUCGCUGCUUCUGCACGGAGCGUCGCUUGGAUCUGUUACGUAAGGAUGCGCUGCGGACCCGUCAGGUGCCGCGUUACGACAACAAGUGCCGCCACCUAACGCCAGAGCAGGUGCAGCAGCAGCUGGACAAAGGAGCUCCCUACUGCAUACGCUUUAAGCUGACGUCGCACGAGGAGCCGCUCCAGGAUCUCAUCUAUGGCAGCGUCCAGCACAAUGUGAGCGAAACAGAAGGUGAUCCUGUUAUCAUGAAGAGCGAUUUGUAUCCCACGUACCAUUUGGCCAAUGUGGUCGACGAUCACCUGAUGGGCAUAACGCAUGUGCUGCGCGGCGUGGAAUGGCAAAUCUCAACGACGAAGCAUUUACUGCUCUACAAAGCCUUCGACUGGCAGCCACCACAGUUUGGUCAUCUGCCGCUGCUGGUCAACGCGGAUGGCAGCAAGCUGAGCAAGCGCCAAGGCGACAUUGGCAUCAAGCAGUUCAGGGAUCGCGGCUACUUUCCCACUGCGCUGAUUAAUUACAUCAUCUCGGCCGGCGGCGGCUUUGAGCAUCGAAGCCACAGCAAGCCUCAGCUCUACUCCAUGCAGAGUCUCGCAGAGCAAUUCCGUUUGGAGCGCGUCAAUGCCCAUCCCAGUCGCCUGAAUGCCGAGCUGCUCAAUGACUACAAUCAACUGGAGCUGACGGCACGUCUAGCUGAUCCGCUCAAGCGCAAACAGCUCGUGGCACAUGUGCAGCAGCUCGUCCAAGAAGCCUAUCCAGAUCACUCCGACUUGGACCUAGCUGAAUCCCAUAUUGAGGCAGUGCUCCAUUGGUCAGCACAGCGUUUGACCUUGCUGCAGGAUUUAACCAGCAGCAAGCUGAGUUUCUUGUGGGUCAAGCCCACUCAAGUUGUGCUCAAGGAAUUGAGUCCGGCCCAAUGGCAACAGCUGCUGCAGCAACUGCAGGCCGAGUCCAACUUUCACAAGGAUCAGCUGAAUGAGCUCCUCAAAGGCUUUGCCAAAGCGGCGUCCAUCAAAUUCCCAGCGCUAAUGAAAACUCUGCGCGGAGCCUUGAGCGGACUGCAGGAAGGACCAGGCGUUGCGGAAAUGAUGGAGAUACUGGGCAAAGAUGUGGUGCUGCAGCGUUUGCAGGAGAGCCUGGAUAAGCAGAAGCAGCUGCAGCUGCAGCAAUAGACAACAAAGACUCUUUGACUAGAUAAUUAUAAUUGUUAUAUUUGUGAAGAUUAAGAUUUAAGAUGAAAUGAGUAAUCGUAGCAUUUAAAGUUAUCUGCUUAAGCACCGCUCCGUUUUGCAAAUUUGGCAUUAUCCGGACUUUCUUAAUAGACCACGCCUACUUG